GGUUGGUAGUAGGCAUGGAGAAAAUAGACAAAGAGGCAACUAAGAGUGAAAUCAUGAGGUACAGAGGAAUCAGAGCCAUGCCCUUUAUCAUAGGGAAUGAGACAUUUGAGAAGCUAGGAACAAUUGGGAGUUCAUCAAACCUCUUGGUUUAUCUGACUAGUAUUUUUCAUUUGAAGACCAUAACAGCUACUAAUAUCAUCAAUAUCUUCAAUGGAACUUGCAACUUUGGCACCUUGCUUGGAGCUUUCCUCUCUGACACCUAUUUUGGGCGUUACAGAACUCUUGGAUUUGCUUCAGUCUCUUCUUUCUUGGGAAUGCUUGUUCUGACUUUGAGUGCAGCAAUAUCGAGGAUGCACCCUCCCGUGUGUGGAAACCAAGAAGCCGCGUCAUGCGUUGGGCCAACAACAAAGCAAAUGACAUUUUUGCUAAUUGGCUUUGGUUUGCUGGUUAUUGGUUCUUCUGGCAUUAGGCCUUGUAAUUUGGCAUUUGGAGCUGACCAAUUUGAUCCCAACACUGCACCAGGAAGAAAAGGAAUCAGUAGCUUCUUUAACUGGUAUUACUUCAGUCUUACAUUUGCUAUGAUGGUUUCCUUGACUGUGAUUGUGUAUGUGCAAUCAAAUAUCAGCUGGUCUCUAGGAUUAGCCAUCCCCACAAUUAUGAUGUUCCUCUCUUGCGCACUUCUCUUCGCGGGCACUAAAAUCUAUGUAAGAAUGGUACCAAAAGGAAGCCCUUUGUCAAGUGUGGAACAGGUUUUUGUAGCUGCAUUCAAGAAAAGGCACUUGCAGCUCGCGGAACAACCAUGUGUCGCCCUCUUCAACUACGUCUCUUCCGAUUCGUUGAAUUCCAAGCUUUGCUACACUGAUCAGUUCCGAUUCUUGAACAAAGCGGCGAUAAGAACCCCAGAAGAUGAGAUAAACUCGGAUGGAUCUGCAGCUGAUCCGUGGAGGCUUUGCAGCAUUCAGCAAGUUGAAGAAGUGAAAUGCUUACUGAGAGUAGUACCAAUAUGGGUUGCUGGAACUGUAUAUUAUUUGUCUGUUGUCCAACAACAGAACUAUGUAAUCUUCCAAGCCUUUCAGAGCAAUAGACAAUUAGGCCAUAACCAUUUCCGUAUCCCACCAGCAUCUUUCAUUGUCUUUCCCUUCCUAUGCAUAUCCAUUUGGCUACCCAUCUAUGACCGCAUUUUACUUCCAUGGCUCCGAAAAUUCACAAGGAAAGAAGAUGGUAUAACCCUUCUCCAGAAGAUGGGAAUUGGAAUGUUUAUCUCUAUCAUCACAAUGAUCAUAUCAGCUAUCGUCGAAGACAGGAGGAGAAGCCUAGCACUAACUAGGCCGACGUUGGGGAUAACUCAGGAGAAAGGCGCCAUUUCAUCCCUGUCAGGACUGUGGUUAAUACCUCAGAUGACAUUAUCAGGUCUUACUGAGGCACUUACAUUAUUCAGUGAGAGUGAAUUCUUUUACAAACAAUGUCCAGAAAACAUGAGGAGCAUUGCAGGAUCUUUCCUUUUUGUUGGAAUGGCAGGGUCUAGUUAUUUAAGCAGUUUAUUUUCUUCAGUUGUUCACAAGACAUCAAAUUGGUUGGCUGAGGAUCUUAACAAGGGAAGAUUGGACUACUUCUUUUACCUCAUUGCAGUGCUGCAGAUUCUGAAUUUGGGUUAUUUUCUUCUAUGUGCUAAAUGGUACAAGUACAAAGAAGCAGGAAGUAACACCAAAUUGAGUGAGUCAAAAGAACAAUCUUGAAAACCUCCAGUGUGAUAUCAAAAUCAGAUUGCAAUAUAUUACCUCUUUAAUGAUUAUAUUAUAAAUAAUGGCAAAGAUUGUAAGGUUGACUGGA